UGGUUUAAUCCCUAACGAAUGUAAACAGUGCCACAUUUUCUCCGAAUGAAAAGUAGAAACUUAUCUGUAUCUGUAUUCGCCUGUAUUAUUUAAGUAUACAAUGCUUAAACCUAAGGUUUUUGCUGAAAUGCUUUCGCAAGCUAAUACUGGUGGAGUAAUGAGUAGCAUGCUACUUAAUAAUGAGGGUUCUUUACUGGCAUAUUCUGGAUCUGAUGUUCAUAAAGAUAAAAUGAUUACUGCUGCAGUUUCAUCUAAUAUAUGGUCUGCAUAUGAGAAAGGUGGAAAAAUGGCAUUCCAUAAUGAAGGUCUGCAAUAUAUGUUCAUGGAUUGUCAGUUGGAUACUCUUGCAGAACAUCUAAAAGAACCUUUAUCAGCAUCAAUGAAUCAAUGAUUAACUGAAAACAUGAACCAUGACCAUUUUGUUAUGAGAAAAUUAUUUUAUGAAUAAUGUUUUUUUCUUAUA